AUGGUGGUUGUCCCCACUAUUGGUGAAGCCAUCACCAUAGGACCUAAGGAUGUUCAUCUCGAAUCUCCUCAAAUACUUGUUGUUGAUCCUCAGGACAACAUAUUAGAGAUGCACAACGGUAAUCCUUCAGAUAUUGCUGAUGACCCCUCAGAUGCUUUGAUUCCUUCUGCUAAAGAUGCCAGAGAACCUAACCUUGAAGCCAUCAAUGAUGAUGAUGCCAUCAGUGAUGAUGAUGCCAUGGUUACUACUUCUAUUGUUGUUGUUGACCAUGAAAACUUUCAUCCUCCCACCUCUAUAUUGCCAAAUGCUGGUGAUAAAGAUGAUGAUGAUGAUGAUGAUGAUGAUGAGGAUUCUGAACCUCAACUUCCAGAUGCAAGAACUAAUCUUGGUGGUGACGAUGACGAUGAUGAUGAAGAUGAUGAUGAUUUAUGCAUCCAUGUCAUUCCAAGACAACCAGCAAAAGGAAUAUUCUUCAGGAAGCCUGCUUCCUAG